GGUCGAGCCGCCCAGGUCAUCCCGACGUCGUUAUGGCAUCGAAAGGAGAAACCCAGACUGGUCCGUUCGUAGAUAUAUUUGGGGAAGAUGAAGCCGAGGAGGCCUUUUUGCUUUCCAAACCUGUCUGCAUGAUCGUAUUCGGAAAACCGGGGAUUGGAAAGACCACAUUAGCCCAAAAAAUAUCGCAGUCGUGGAAAUGCAAAUGCAUCGAAGCUCUACAAGUUAUCGAAGAUAACAUGGCCGGCAAUGCCGAAUCCGGACGGACGCUUCAGGAUUUACUCGUCAAAGGCCACGAAAUUCCGGAGGAGUUGGUCGCCAAGAUGUUAUUGGAGAAGAUGAACUCCCCGGAAGUCGCCCAUUUAGGCUACGUUCUCAGCGCGUUCCCGGUCCUCUCGGAGGAGUGCAUGACCAUCCCGGAGCAGGUGGAGAUCAUUAAAAACCUGAAAUUGAAACCGGAUAUUAUCAUUAAUAUAAAGUCUUCCGAUUACGACUUGGGCCAGAGACUUUCGGGACAAAGGCAGCACGCCAUCACCGGGGAUAUCUAUCAGCGGGACCAGUGGGACCUGGAUUUUCUCGAAAAGCAUAGGAAAAAGAAGAGGGAAUCGGCGAAAGAAGCUGGAGAGGAGGAAACGGAAGAGGAAGAAGAGGAGGAAGAGGCAGCGGCGGAGAUGCAGACGAUGGCCGAGCUCUUACCGCACCUCAUCCAGAGGCCGGAGGAUUUCCUGGAAAACAUCGAAGCCAAUAUCAAAUUGUACAGGGAAACGAUGCUGCGGCAUCUGGAGGAACUGAUGGCCGACCACAAUUCUCAGUUUCUUAUCGAACUGGAUGGAAAUAAGCCCGUAGAAGAACUCUUCACUGCGGUGAUUUCCCAGCUGCGAUCCCUGGGAUUAAGAAACGGAGCCCUUAUAACCAGACUUCAGAGUUCAACAGAGGAAGACCUGUCGGAGAGCUUGGAAAACGACGAACUGUUCCGGGCCCUCUCGGCCUACAAGUUGGUCGCCCCCCGAUACCGAUGGCGUCGAAGCCGAUGGGGCCGAGCGUGUCCCGUGGCCUUAAAGGCGGGAAACAUUCGGCUGGGCCUGCCGGAGCUGGCCGUGAGUUUCCUCGGGAAAAUGUACCUGCUGUCCUCCGAAGACGCCCUCGAAGCGUUCUCGCGGAACCCGCGCCCGUACCUCCUCCCGCCCAUGCCCCUGCCGCCAUGUAAAGUUUUGGUGUGCGGCCCUCCGUCCUCGGGGAAGACGAGCCUCUGCGACUUGAUCGCCAGCAGGUAUAAAGGAAAGGUUCUCGACUUGGCCAAACUGAUCGAGCCGCGAUUGAAAAUGGCGCAGGAUGAUUUCAUCGAGCAAGUUCGCUCGGAUGCAACGGAGCAGGCCAUCCGGAGGGUCAAAGAUCAGGUGGAGAUUGAGGCGUCACUGAAAAAGCAAGCCUCAUUAGAUAUCGGAAAAUCCUCCAAGGAAAACGAUGCCGUCGAAGACAACCCCGAGGAAGAGAAGGACUUGACGGAAAACGCUUCGGAAGCGCGGACGGCAAGAAGCCGACGCGACGCGGAGGCGGCGGCGCCCGAAAUCCAGGUGACGGCGGAGCACCCGGAGGUCCGGUCGGCGGUGGAGGCCGCCUUGAAGUUUGUGAUGAACUCCCCCACCGUCCUGUCGGCCGACUCGCAGGCCGCGGUGCUGGAGGAGGUCCUCAAGGAGCUUUCCAAGGAGAACAAGGAGCGUUUUCCCGGAGCGCCGGAAUUCGGAGGCUGGGUGCUGGACAACUGCCCCUUAUCCCGGGACCAGUGGAUGGCCUUUUCCGAGAAGGGAAUUCUUCCGGACGUCGUCGUCUGCUUACAGGACUCCGAAAACCAAGGAAGAUUUUUACUUCGUCGGCUGUACUUGGAGAGAAAAGAUGAAAUCAAUUCCAAGGUCCUGCAGCGUCUCACGGACGAGCACUUGAGGAAGAAACAGGAAGAUGAGGCCACCAGAAAACAGGUGCAAGAGAUGCUGCGGUUACAAGAAGAAAAGCAGAAAACUUUAGAGGCCAUUGAAGAGAAACCCGAAGAAUACGAAGAGACCAAAGAUCCCUUGAAUCCGGAAGAACAUCAGAUCCAACCUCCUUCUUCCAAGGCGUCCAAAGUGGAGGUGGAGGCCGAGCCCGAAGCGGAAAUCGCCUUGCCCGACUUUCCCGACGACGGCUACCCGGAGGUGGCGGAAAUGGAGCCGCUCCGGGAGAAGAUGGCCGCCUUCGCCAACGAGUGGCAGCAGUUCGAGGUGGCGGUCGCCGAAUUUCCCCACGUUCAGACGCUCAACCUGGAAAUCGCCGGGAAAACUCCGCGGGACCUGCUUCGGAGCGUGGCGGACGCCAUGGAGAAACCGUUGAAAUAUGGCGGCUGGGAGGUCGCCGGGGAAGAUCUGGACGAGGAGACGGACGAUCUGCUGGCCGAAGCCGAGGCCGAGGAGGAUGUGGAGGAGGAGGAGGAACGAGAAGACGGGGAUGAAGACGAUGAGGAGAAACUUAAGGAAAAGAGGAGACACCUGGGCGACUCCGGACACUUCUGCCCAGUGAGUCUCAGAGAAGAUUUUAUCCUCCAUCCCGGAAUCCCCGACUGUGGCGCCAAGUACCGGGAAAAGACUUACUACUUCGCAAAUCCCGAGGCCCGGGAAAAGUUUCUGGAAGAUCCGGAGGAGUACGUGGCUCACGGAGAACCUCUCAAGUGUCCUCCUUUGAGAUUAUGCUUCCUGGGCCCCCACGGAGCCGGGAAAACCGUCGGCGGGCGAUGGCUGGCGGAGAAACUCGGCCUUUUCCACAUCCAGUUUGAGGAAUGCCUCCAGGAAAGGGUCAUGCCCAAGACGGGAAAGAGAGUCGGGCCCGAAUUCGACGAAGAAGCCGAGGAAGACCAGGCCACCGCGCAAGAGCUCGAGGACAUUGCGAGUCAGGCAAAUUUCAAAAUCGACGACAAAAACAAGCCUAAAGAGGUUCAGGAAUUCAUCCUGACCGACGAGGAAGAAGCCAUCAGGGCGAACCUCACCUACAACGAGCCCUUACCGCCGGAAGCGCUCGAUCCCGUGGUUUCCGAGUGGUGGCACGCGGAACCGAUACGGUCCACGGGAUUUAUCCUGGACGGGUUCCCCCGGACUUCCGAGGAGGUGCGGUUCCUCGCCGAGCGGGGCCUGUGCCCGGACGCCGCCGUGAUCCUCCAGGUCCAAGAGGGAGACGUUUCCGCCCGGCUCCUGCCUCCCUCUCUCCAGAAGUGGAAGGAGAAGAGGAUGAGGAAGGCCGAACGAGCGCAGAGGAUUAAAGACUUGAAGGCCCAAAUCCGAGAUGAUUUGAUCUCUAAAAGGAGAGCGGAACUCGUGGCGGAGCAGGAGAGGAAGAGGAAACCGGAGGGCCUCGUCAAGGAAGAGGAAGAAGUCAGCGAAGAAGAGCCCGAGGAAGAGGAGGAGACGAGCAUCGAGGCCGUCCUGGAGGAAGAGUUCCCCAGGGAGGAAGAAGACGCCAGCGAGGAAGAAGAGGAGCAAGAGGCCGAAGCCAUCGACCGCUUGAAAAACGAAAUCGGAGACAAGUUCGACGUCGACUCUAAUAACCUGCUGGGAGUCCAGGAAGAGUUGGAAAAACUGCUGAUCCCGCAAAUCACCAUUUCCGGAGGGAGGAAACCGCACAUUGUACGCUACCUGUUAUACAGCAAGCUGAAACAUUUGGUGGAGAACAGGGAGAGCAUGUUCGAGAAGUGCUAUCCGAUAUCUCGUCAACUGGCCGAAAAGAUGCUCAGCCUCACCUACAAGUUUCCAAGUUCUUUCGGCCAGUGGGAUCCCGUUAAGCUGCGCGAGGGGGACGCCAUCAAGCCUCUCCAGAAUCCCCAAAAUCCCGGUCAUCCCGUCGUCCACCGGCAGUACAUCUAUUUUUUAUCCAGCAAGGAAAACAAGGAAGAAUUCAUGAGGAACCCGAUCAAGUACAUCCGGCAGCCCAGGCCCAAGCCCGCCGUUCCCGUUCGGAUCGGGAUCGUGGGGCCGCCCAAAUCCGGGAAAACUACAGUUGCCAAGCGGUUUGCGAGCACCUACGGAUUCACGCGCCUGUCGAUUGGCGGGGCCACGCGGCUGAUACUGAGCGCCCGGCCGGACAGCGAGUUGGCCCUCAUGUUGAACUGGCACCUUCACAAAGGACUCGCCGUCCCCGAUGUACUGGCCGUCCAGUGUUUAGAAGAGGCCCUCCUGGAAAACGUGUGCAGGACCGUCGGGAUUGUCAUCGAUGGCUACCCCGUUACCAAGCAACAGAUGGAAGUCUUGGAGACCAAGGGCAUCAUCCCGAUAAAGAUCUUUGAGUUACGAGUGCCGACGAAAGAGAUUUUUAAACGCUCGCUGCUGCAAAAGAAAAGCGCCGCGAGUACCCCAUUACCGCUCCACGACAGCUCCCAGAUCCUGUCCGUCAAGAGCGCGAGCUAUCAGAAGUCUAUCCCUGCCAUCAGGACGUACUAUCGGGAACACCACCAGAACUGGUGCGUCAUCGACGCCUCCCGCAGCAAAUGGUGGAUAUGGAAUGAAGUGUUAAAGAACGUCCAGACCGUCACUAAGCACGUCCAGUUGUACCUGGAAAGGAUCCGAGCAGGGCGAGCGGCCGGUAUCGACAAGCUGUGCGUCGCCCCUCACGAGCUGCUCUCUCGGCUGGGGGAAUUCGCCCAGUAUUGCCCCGUCAACUUGGCGGAGAAGGGGGAGCUCGUCGACUGCUCCGUGAGCCCCUCGCUGGAGUUUGCGGCCGAGUUCAGGGGCCACUACUACAGAAUGGCUUCGCGGGACGACUUGGACAGGUUUUUGAAGAGUCCGGAGUCGUACGUGCCUCCUUUGGCGCCGCAUGCUCUCCCUCCUCCAGAGAUGCUCCCGAAGAGGCUGACCGUGGCCCAGGUGAAGGCGACGUUCCCUCAAAAUGCCGAAAUGCAGGCCUACUGUCCCGUCACCUACCUGGACGGGAAACAGAGAUACGAGGCCCUGGUGCUCGGCAGCGUUGAGUACGCCGUCGAGUACCAAAAACACAUCUACGUCUGUGAGAGCGAAGAGAAGCUCCAGAGAUUUCUGAGGUUGCCGAAGAAGUACUGCGAUCAGGAGCUGCCACAUAAACUCCCUCCAAUAAAGGAGCCGCUGUUACUGCGCAGCCUGCCUUUACCGGGAUACCUGGAGCAGGGCGUAGCCUCAUCGCUGAUCAAGGCCCUGAACGAAGUCGGUUGUUUAAAACCCAAGCUGCCCUUCCACGGCGUCGGGAAGUCCGCCCUCCUGUUUGUGGCCUUCCACCUGAAAGCGCACAACCCCGGAGGGUCCGAAUAUUCCCGGACGAAGUAUAAAAAGAAGCUGCGGCAGUUUGUCGAGUGGAGCCGACUCAUAACGUACCUCGGCACCCAAAUGAGCCUCAAGUACAAGGAACCUCACUGCAGACCCAUUGAUUUUGACCAUAAAUUGAGGACUUUCUUCUCCCUCAGAAACGCGGACCUCGUCUCCGGUUAAUCUUCGGGGGACGAGCGCGUCGGCCGACCACCGAGGUCGCCGCAUCUCCAGGGACAGGAUUAAUUUUUUGGUUUUCAUUGCCGUCCCUUUAAUUUAAUUUAAUUUCACGCUUCUCCCGUGAAUUCCGCCGACGAUCCAAAGAGCGCCGUAAGCGUUGGCCGUCUUUGUUCCGCUCUUAGACGGAUGAACUGCUUUUAUCGGAGACGGUCAGCCGCCGCUUUAAUCGGACCCUAAGAGCGGGCGCUGAACGCCCUGAGUUCGAAACCGGAGUCGGGGCGGAGGCCUCCGGCCCGUCUGAUUUGUAAAACCGAAAAGGCCGCGCGCAUCUCCCCCGCCUUCGUUUCAAUAAAUGGCGGCUUCGUCUUCGGUUCGCGACCGGCUUCGGUGAUUUCGGGGGGUUAGAAGAUGAGCACGCCCGGCCAUGA